AUGGACUCUGAUAUCCAUGCUGCUGGUUCCAAACGUCGUCGAGCCACCUUGACCAAGAAUCCCCCUCCAUCUGCCUAUCCUGCAUCCUCUCACAGCGUCCUUCGCAAACCCCAGUCUCAAGCCACCCUCCAGCGAGCCCCAUCAGCUCCUUCACCAUACCGUGAUCCACGAUCCAACGACUUCACCUCCAAAUCUGCCCGUGACUUCCACCAGAGAACUCACUCCAGCGCCUGCGCUUCCUCCACGUCUUCUCUCGAGCAUAUCAGUGCUUCUCACUCUCCCGUCAUCCCAACCGCAGACUACUUUCCAACAACCUUCCACACCCACCGCAGCCCAACGUCACUACCACUCUCUCCCCAAACGUCAGAUGACCGUCACAAGGACUUGAUCGGUGCGCCAUUCGACGCUUCAGGUCUUCUCCUGUCCUUCCAAACCACCGUGGCACAGGAUGAGCAGCGACAACAAUCAUCACAACUAAAUCAGAGCACCGUCACCUCCGAUCUACGACAUCAUCCAUUGCGCAACUCCCAGACCAUUGGUCCUGGUGGUAUCACCAUGAUGGAAGUCACCCCUCCCAAAUCCGAGAAUGGCAUUCUCAGUCCCAAACGUUUCUCUGGUGAUGGUCAGAAUUCAAAACCUCCUGGUCCUCUACGGAAGAAGAGUGGCUUCUCAACCUUUGUCAACAACAUGCUGGGUUCUCCCAGAACAAUCAAAAUCUCCGCGCCCGAGAACCCCAUGCAUAUGAUUCAUGGACUUCCUGCGGACUGGCAGAGAAUUCUAGCCGACAGCGGCAUUUCCAAGAAUGAGCAGGAACAAAAUCCCCAAAUGAUGGUCAACAUUGUGGAGACGUACAAGAGUAAUUUUGGUGGACAAGAUGAUGGCAUCUGGCAAAAGUUUGACCACGCAAAGCUUUCGGAUUCACCCAAGAGCAGCAAUGGCAGUCAACAAAGUCCCGCAACCCCCAUUAUCGGCAGCAGUCCUAACGCAUAUUCUCCCAUCACCGGCGUUAUAUCUCCUCCCGCCAGUCCACGAUUUCCCCAGAAUCAUGAAGGCAGCUUUGAGAAUCCGAGAGCAGCUCCUCCAAUCCCUAACAAACCUCCCGCCCAUGUCGUGAAUAAACAACCAGUCUUGAUGAUGCCACAACGACCUGCUCCCAAACCUCCCGUUCAGAACCUUCGCGAUAUCGCACCGAACCGACCUGCACCACCACCUCCGUUAUCGAGAGACUUGCCGUUGCGCCCCAGCACUGAGCAAUCAAUGCCACCACCUAUCACAUCUCCGCCAGUUCCAUCACCAUUACCCCAUCAUGAAGAGAUGCGCAGCCGAUCCAAUUCAAAAAGCCCAGCAAUCGCGACUGCACCACCCCGCACCCAGCCUUCCAUUCAGUCACCCGUUCAAUAUCAACAGCAACAGGAGCAUGCCAUGGCAUUGGCACAACAGGCCAUUCAGAGCAAGCAACUGGAUCGUAGUCGAAGUCAACGUCAAAUCGCACAAGGUGCACCCGAAGUUCCUCCCAAGCUUCUACCUGAGAUGGUGCAAAUUACGCCUCAUGUACCACAAGUUCAAUAUGGAGGUGCAACAGACCCUGCCAUUAUCCAGGCUCAGCAACAGUUGAACAAGGUUGGACCUGCUCCGGGACCACGGCCUCGCGCCAAGCGCCAGCAAAGCAAUAUUAUUGAUGUCACGGCGCGACUCAAGGCGAUCUGCAGUCCUGGUGAUCCCACCUCCAAGUACUCGAAUCUGAGCAAGAUCGGUCAAGGUGCAUCUGGUGGGGUUUUCAUGGCAUUUGAAAACCCUGGCAGGAGAUGUGUUGCGAUCAAACAAAUGAAUUUGGAACAACAGCCAAAGAAGGAUCUGAUCAUCAACGAAAUCAUUGUGAUGAAGGACUCGAAGCACAAGAAUGUCGUCAACUUUAUCGACAGCUAUUUACAUGAUGGGGAGCUCUGGGUGGUGAUGGAAUACAUGCAAGGAGGCAGUCUUACGGAUGUGGUCACGUUCAACGUGAUGAGUGAAGGACAGAUUGCUGCUGUUUGCAGAGAGACAUUGUUUGGCUUGCAACAUCUUCAUUCCAAAAACGUCAUUCAUCGAGAUAUCAAGUCCGACAACAUUUUGCUUUCGGAGAGAGGCGACAUCAAAUUGACUGAUUUCGGUUUCUGUGCGCAAAUCAAUGAUUCGCAAAACAAGCGUACUACCAUGGUCGGUACACCGUAUUGGAUGGCCCCUGAAGUCGUGACUCGUAAGGAAUACGGUCGCAAGGUGGACAUCUGGAGUUUGGGUAUCAUGGCAAUCGAAAUGAUUGAAGGAGAACCACCAUACCUUACAGAAUCCCCACUCCGAGCUCUGUACUUGAUCGCCAAAUAUGGGACACCACGUAUCAAGGAUGAAGCAGCUCUGACACCUGUUUUCCGGGAUUUCUUGCAUUUUGCUUUGAAAGUCGAACCAGAGAAACGAGCAAGUGCUCAUGAUCUUCUUCAUCAUCCAUUUAUGAGUUGUUGUGCCCCACUUCCCAGUCUCGCACCUCUUGUACAAUCGGCAAGAGAGAGCAGAGCUGCAGAGAAGGCCAACCGAGGCAAUUAA